CACAAACACUCAGCCACGCUGAAACUUCAGUAAGGCUGCUGCUCAAACUCUGGUUUCACGAACUUAAUUUUGUUUCGACAUCAUGCUGGAUUACACCCAUUAACAUUUAUUGCUGGCCCGAAGAAAGUUAUUUUCCGACGGCGCAGGUACAAUGUCCGCACUGUGCACCAGAUCGACCGAUUAAAGGGGUGAGAUCAGUUCUCUACAGGGCUACAGUGUUUGUACUGUGACCUGUGUGUUUGGACACAGACAGUGAAGAGGACACAGGCACAUUACAAGCAUGGAUAUCGGCAAUGAUGUAGAUCUGUCCAAUAAUAACAUCACUCCUUUGUGGAAACGCCGCACAGACAAUUGCAAAAAAACCCAGGACUCAAGCAAAUCCAAACCUCGACCCCUCAGCUACCACAUGAAUGGGGUCCUGACAACGGACUUCCCUGUGGAGGACAAGUGUUCCUUCACCUUGAGCCAACCUGCUGAGAGACUGGUGGUCACAACCCAGUGUUCUGGUAGGAACACUGCGGUUUUGAAGCACACUCUACACAAACCCUCCAGGAAAUCCAGAGUUGUUCGAAGUAUCAGUAUCGGGAACAUCUCCAACGGACGAUUCUCACUUUCCAAAUUUAGGUCUGAGGAUAACAGAUCUGCUUCACUGGACAAUAGGGUGUGUAAUGGAGACUGUGACAGGGGGAAAACUAGUAAUGGAGGGUCAGCAUGGCCCGGAAAACAUCUCCUGGACUCCCAGAAACACAUGCCAAGUCAGUGCCGUCUGAGCUCACAGAAAGACCACGUAGCAUUUGGGACAAGUUCACCUUCACCCGAAUCUGUCCCUCCCAACCGUUCCUCCCCUGUCCUGUCUCAACACACUCCUAACAACAACAAUUACAACCACCAUGAACUGUCUUCCCUCUCGUCCGCAUCCAGCCCCUCUCCUCCAGCCUGCCGUACCCCAACCCCCUCCCACAGCUCCACCUCCAGCAUCCCCUCCCUUUCUUCCCUCACCUCAUCAGACCCCCCGACCCCACGCUCCCCAUCACCAGCAGACAGAGGACAGGCAUUCCUCAGACAGUCCUCAUCCUCGCCUGCCUCCUCGCAGGACACCAGGCAUGCUUCUUCCUCUUCUUCCAUUUCUUCCACCUCCCCCUCUCUUUCCCCAUCUAUCUCUCCUUCCAUUGUCCUCAGUACCCACAGCCCAGCUGCCCUGAAGAUGGGCACCCAGCAGCUCAUUCCCAAGGGUUUAGCAUCCGAUAUUCGGCAGAGCAAGGCACCUCCAUCUGGGCAGCAAAGCCAAGGUUUGGCAGGGCUGCUGGGGUUUGAUCAUUCCAAGCGAGCUUUGAAAACCCUCAGCAUGGUGGAGACAGGAGCCUACUUUUCCACAGGAGGAGACUGCAGUGAAGGGACAGAGGGGGAAAGUGAAAUCACAGGGACUCUUAGGAGAGGCUUGAGAACUACAUCCUAUAGGAGGGCGGUUGUAAGUGGAGUAGACUUAGAGGUCCCAUGGGUUGAUCCAAAGGUUCAUGGGUUGUCCCAGCCUGUUAUUAAGGGGCUAGAUGGGGAUAAUCCAGCUUCACCAGUCAGUCCAGCAAGCCCUGGCACUGUAAGCCUCACUAGCCUUGGAACAGCCAAGCCUUCCAGCCCUGGGACACCCAAACCUGCCAGUCCUGGGACACCCAAACUUGUCAGUCCGGGGACACCCAAACCUGCCAGUCCUGGGACACCCAAACCUGCCAGUCCUGGGACGCCCAAACCUGCCAGUCCUGGGACACCCAAACUUGUCAGUCCGGGGACACCCAAACCAGGCAACGUCAGGAUUUCAAAGCCUUGCAGCCCUGGGGCAGAAAAGCCUGCCAGCAAUGGCAAAAUCAAGAAUCCAGAUAAGAAGAAAGUUUUGAUCACUCAGCGGACAUUUGACAGCGAAGAGGAGGAACUUUAUCAGAACUACCAGGAGAAGGCCUUGCAUAAUGAUUCAGAUGAGGAUGCUGAUUCCAGAGAACCCAGUGUCGAUAGUGGCAUCGUGGUGCAGUACAGACCCAUACGCACCUCCUGGAGCCAGCUUAGUGUGGUAAAGAAAAGUGGAUUGUCUGACCGGAUGAGUCAGGAGGAACGCAAAAGACAAGAGGCCAUUUUUGAGGUGAUCUCGUCAGAGCACUCUUAUCUCCACAGUCUGGAGAUUCUGAUCCGCAUGUUCAAGAAUUCUGCAGAGCUCAGCGAGGCCAUGACCAAGACUGAACACCACCACCUCUUCUCCAACAUUGCUGACGUCUGUGAGGCUAGUAAAAAGUUCUUUAAGGAAUUGGAGGAAAGACACCAACAGAACAUAGUGAUCGACGACAUCAGCGACAUUGUCUGCAGGCAUGCUCAGUCAAACUUUGACCCUUACGUCACAUACUGCUCCAAUGAGGUCUACCAGCAGAGAACCCUGCAGAGGCUGGUGUCCAAGAAUCCAGCUUUUAAGGAGGUGCUCACCAGGAUAGAGGGCCACCCAGACUGCAGGAACCUCCCCAUGAUCUCCUUCCUCAUCCUGCCCAUGCAGAGGAUCACUCGUCUGCCCCUGCUCAUGGAUACAAUUUGUCAGAAGACACCUAAAGACUCAGCACAAUAUGAAGAGUGCAAGACGGCUUUACAAGCAGUCAGCAAGGUGGUAAGAAAGUGUAAUGAAGGAGCUCGCACAAUGGAGAGAACAGAAAUGAUGUAUACCAUCAAUUCUCAGCUGGAGUUCAAGAUUAAGCCUUUCCCCUUGGUCUCAUCCUCCAGGUGGAUGGUAAAGAGAGGAGAGCUGAAAGCCUUUGCGGAGGACAACAGCCUCUUCCUCAAGCGAACAUCACGGCAACAGGUCUAUUUCUUCCUUUUCAACGACGUCCUCAUUGUCACCAAGAAGAAGAGUGAGGAGAGUUACACUGUUAUAGACUACGCUCUGAGGAACCAGAUCUGGGUGGGUUCCUGCCAGGCUGAGGAUCUCAACCUGUCACCGGUCAAAAGCACCACCAGCAUGCUUAGCUCCCGACAAGCCGGCGCCAACCACCUUUUCCGUCUGCGUUUCCGUAGCAACCACUCCGGAGAAAAGGUGCCCAUGAUCCUGGGGACGGAGCUGCUAAAUGAGCGUGCUCGAUGGAUCAGUGCUCUGGGCCAGAAUGUCAACAACAAGAAGAGUGAAGACAGAAUCAAUGCUAUGCAGAUGGAGGUGAUCAGAACUUACACAGCCAAGCAGCCAGAUGAGUUGUCCCUGCAGGUGGCUGAUGUGGUGCUGGUCUCGCAGACUGUAGAAGACGGCUGGUGUGAAGGUGAGCGACUGCGUGACGGAGAAAGGGGUUGGUUCCUCGCAGAGUGUGCUGAACCAAUCACGUGUCAGGCCACCAUCGAGCGCAACAUGCAGAGGAUGGACCGCCUGCAGGGGUUGGAGACAAAUGUGUGAGCAGGACAAGCCAGCUGCUUAAACUGCGAGAGCUUUCUUCAGCUGCUGGUGACCCUUUGACACGCCAGUGACCUGCCUUUUUAAGCAGUGAACUCAGACAAAUGAGUUCAGUAACAGUAUCAGUGACCUGCCUUCAGGGACCAAGUGGGCCAGUAUGGAAGCUGUGUGGCUGCUGGACCUUUCACAGGUGGGAUAAAGAUGAAGCCAUAACUCAAACUUCUGCUCAGCGUCCACUAAAUAUCAGGAAUACCGUCUGACUUUCAAAGCAAAGACUGAAUUUAGAGCAAAUGCAUUGGAAGUACAGAGAUUUCCUUACUUACUGAUUGGUCCUUGUGUGGGUGUGAUGGUUUGACAGUGGGAUCUGUCACAUUCAUUAAUUCCCCCAGUUGGUUAGAAAAUUUCACACCCACAGCCAAAGUCACUGCUUUCAACACCCUGCUACAUAAUCACUGUCGUCGUCAAAUUUGUAAUUUUUUUUUUGCUUUCUUAGUGCAAGUGAUGUGCGAUGUAAUAAUUGAGACUACAAUUAUUAGUUAGACAGCAACCUGAUGUCAGGUCUGUUAAUGAGGCUCAGGCCAUGUGAUUUGGAGCUUUGCCAGUAACAAUGUAACUACGAAGAUGUUGUUUGUGAAAGUGAUAGUAAAGCAAGAGGCUGAGAUUGGCAGCUUCUUUACAGUGUGUGGGUUAGCGUAGUAAUUCUUAGCAAUGUUUCAGUAGCAUCUCAUGGCAAGUGAAACUAUUACAGUGAUAUUAAUAACAAAAUCCAAUAUGGUGUAUG